AUGGCCGAAGAGGAUGAUUUCACAUUUUGUCAGGUUGGGCCGUCAGUAGAUGCUGCUGACGAUAUUGAUAGAAUUCAAAUAAAAGAUGGGGAUACUGAAGCUGCCGGUAAGAGAGAUGAUACGCUUGAGGGUUGUACAGAUGAUGGAAAUAAGAAUGCUGGCAAUGAGAAUAAUGGUAGCAUUUGGCAAGUCAGUUCAACUUCUCAUAAACAGGCUGCUGUUGGUUCAUUGUUGUUUAAUGUGGUUGAUGCCUCGUCUGGCAAAGGUUUAGUUCCACGGCCCAAACAAGAGGUUGCAGGAAGUUCGAGCAAUGCUUCACCGCAGACGAAUAUUCCUGUGAGGAAAGGUGUUCAGAGAAAUAAGGUCCCUUUUGAGAAAGGAUACAGUCAGAUGGACUGGCUCAAGCUUACGAGAACGCAUCCUGACUUGGCAGGAUUGAAGGGGCAGUCUAAUAGAAGACUGAUAUCUUUGAAAGAAGUCAAACAACAUCAAUCGGAAGGUUCUAUGUGGACUGUUCUUAAAGGCCGUGUCUACAAUUUAUCACCCUAUAUGAAGUUUCAUCCUGGAGGCGUGGACAUGUUGAUGAAGGCAGUUGGAAAAGAUUGCACGUCUUUAUUCAAUAAGUAUCAUGCUUGGGUUAAUGCAGAGUUCUUAUUGGAGAAGUGUCUCGUGGGUAUCUUAGACGAGGGAAAUUGA